AUGAUUAUUGCUGCUGAAGCUAUUGUUGGUGGAUCCAUGUGGGCUUCGAUGACCAGCUGCUUAACACCAACUGUUCUCUUCUGCAUCUUGAACCUCACCAUAGUUACCAUUUUCAUCACUUCAUCCCUCGAAAAACCGCACGAACUCGGUGUUGACGAAGACGACUCGCAGCCGAAACUCAUCCGAGUCAAGUCAAUCAACUUCUCUACGUACAGCUCCGAACAGCCCGACCCGUUUGACUCCGCAGCCAGUGACGCCACCCUCCCACCUCAAGAAUCAACCCAUCUGCAAAAAUCUGAAUGUGUGGAAGAGAGUCACGUGAAUAGGAGUAGGUCCGACACUAGCGUGAAUGUUCCGGAGAGAAGGGUGUUGAAGAAGUCCGCGAGUGAGAAGGUGUUUGCGGCUGAGCGGCAGGAAGAGGAGGAUCGACUGCGGCCGGCAACGGUGAGGGAAACUACGUCGUGUAAUGGGACGGAGGAUGAGGAAGUGGAUGCUAAAGCUGAUGAUUUUAUUAACAGGUUUAGGCAACAUUUGAAAUUACAGAGGAUGGAGUCAAAUUUGAGGUACCAGGAGAUGACGAAUCGCCUUCGGAAUUGA